GUUAAGUUAGGCAUUGUAGAUGUCAAGUUGUCAUAUAAGAAUUCGCGUCCGCGCUGUGUGCACGCGUUAAGAGCGCCGACAACCAAGUGUUAACCUCGAAUUAAAAUAAAAACAAUUGUAAAUUUUGUGAUAAUGGCCCCAAUGUCGAACGCAGUGGUAGGCAUUGAUGAUGACCAACGUUUUGCAUUAAUGAAGUUUCGUCGGAGUGUUCGCGAUGUUCUUAAGCCGGAACACAACGACCACUACCUUCUUAGAUGGCUCCGGGCGCGACAAUGGAAUCCGGAAGCCGCAGAGAAAAUGUUACGAGACUCGGUAGUUUGGCGCGAGAAAUGGGGCAUUGACACCACACUAGAUACAUGGAAAGCGCCUGAAGCACUUGAAAAACACUUCCCCAGCGGCACUACGGGCUUCGACAAAGAAGGAUCGCCUGUCAUAAUUGUCCCGUUCGUGGGUUUAGACGUGUGGGGUCUGUUGCACUCUGUGACCAGGACUGACGUCAUCCGCAUGAUCCUGCGUCACCUUGAGCACUACCUCGCUAGUGCAAGGAAACAGUCGCUCGUACACGGACCCAAUGCACUCAAGGUGACAGUGUUAUUUGAUCUCGAAGGGUUCAACAUUCGUCAGUACGCGUGGAAACCUGCCGCUGAGAUGGUGUUCACACUUUUACAAAUAUAUGAGGCUAAUUAUCCGGAAAUUUUGAAGACCUGUUUUAUAAUUAACGCUCCAAAGGUAUUCUCGCUGGCGUUCUCAGUAAUAAAGAAGUUUAUGCACGAGUAUACGAUAUCUAAGAUCAAGAUUUAUGGUACUGAUGAACGCAAAUGGCAGGCGGCCGUUCUCGAAAUGAUCGAUAGAGAGCAGCUUCCCGCGCACUAUGGCGGCACCUUGGUGGAUGAGAACGGAGACCCGAGAUGCAGUCUCAUGGUGAAACCUGGCGGCAAAGUUCCAAAAAGUUAUUACUCAAAGAACGCCCCCAGCGAGCAGAGCAAGGAGUACAAACGAGUCACAGUCAAGACCGGGGAGAAACAUUCUAUUGAUCUGCUCUGUAUGGAAGAAGAGAGCGUUUUGAAAUGGGAAUUUGGUGUGGACAGUCACGACAUAAAGUUCCUGAUCAAGCGUAAGGAUGAGGAGGGCAACGAGAGUUUGGUGCACGGACCUCGCAAGGUCGCAGAGGGACCUGUCGAUAUUGGCUUCCUGCCCGUCACUGGACCUGCUACUUAUUCUGUGAUAUUUGACAAUAAAAGUGCUUAUUUACGUAACAAGAAGGUGUUUUACGAUGUACUGAUCUCCGUCCCUGAGAGAGAUCUCAACAUGUCGGAUGAACCUGAAGACACGCUGGAGACAACCCAGACCCGUGGAAGUACAGAGAGCGCUCAACUUUAAAUUGUUGAAAAUGAACUAAAACACGUAAACACAAGCCAAGGGCGUCG